AAUGAUGGGGGUUGGGAGGGCCGGGGAAUUUGUUUAAUGGUGCCCGCGGCGGGGGUGGUUAAGUUGGUCUUCUGAUCGGGGCUUCGGCUUCGGGCGAUCUGAGGUCCGGACAUGGCCGCGCCGGGGUCAGCGAUCAAGCACACCUUUUCUUCUCUUGUGAAGCAAAAGCCACCAAGGACUAGCCCGACAAAAUCUAGGGGUACUAUGGCUGUUUCAAUGAGGGAGGUGGAUCCUGUUUUUCAAGGCGCGGGUCAAAAAGAUGGAUUGGAAAUAUGGCGGAUUGAAAAGUUACAGGCGGUUCCUGUCCCCAAGGAAACAUAUGGGAAAUUUUUCACAGGCGACUCGUACAUAAUACUGAAGACAACUGCCCUUAAAAAUGGUUCCUUUCGGCAAGAUAUCCAUUAUUGGCUUGGUAAAGAUACCAGUCAGGAUGAAGCUGGUACAGCUGCAAUCAAGACUGUCGAACUGGAUGCUGCUCUUGGCGGACGUGCUGUCCAAUACCGUGAAGUACAGGGAAAUGAGACCGAGAAAUUUCUUUCAUAUUUUAAACCUUGUAUUAUACCAGAGGAAGGUGGGGUUACAUCUGGUUUCAGGCAUGCUGAAAUCAAUGAGCGGGAGCAUAAAACACGAUUAUUUGUCUGCAGAGGAAAGCAUACAGUUCAUGUUAAAGAGGUUCCUUUUGCACGAUCAUCACUCAACCAUGAUGACAUAUUUAUUUUAGAUACAAAAUCUAAGAUAUUCCAAUUCAAUGGAUCAAAUUCAAGUAUUCAGGAGAGGGCUAAAGCCCUUGAAGUUGUGCAAUAUCUUAAAGAUACCAACCAUGAUGGUAAAUGUGAAGUAGGAGCAGUUGAGGAUGGAAAGUUGAUGGCAGACGCUGAUGCUGGUGAAUUCUGGGGUCUCUUUGGUGGAUUUGCUCCUUUGCCAAGAAAGACAUUUUCUGAACUUAACGGGAAAGAUUCUACUUCCACUUCAAAAUUGCUUUGUGUCAAUAAAGGCCAAGUAGCACCUAUUGAUUGUGAAAUUCUGACAAGAGAGCUACUAGAUUCAACAAAAUGUUACCUGCUAGACUGUGGUUCUGAAAUUUAUGCCUGGAUGGGUAGAGAAACAACUCUCGAAGAGAGGAAACGAGCAGGCUCUGCUGCUGAGGAAUUACUACGUGAAGGAAACCGGCCAAAAUCUCAUAUUAUUCGUCUCAUGGAAGGAUUUGAGACUGUUAUAUUCCGAUCAAAGUUUGAUAAAUGGCCCAAGAAAGCUGAUGCAGUUGUGUCAGAUGAAAGCAGAGGAAAAGUGGCAGCUCUUCUUAAGCGACAAGGAUUUAAUUUUAAGAGUCCAGUAAAAGCUGCACCCGUAAAGCAGGAGCCUCAACCUCAGAUUGAUUGCACUGGCAAUUUACAGGUCAGUAAACUUCCUUUCUUACAAACGAUUUUGCAACCAUAUCGCAUUCAGUUAUAGCUAUUGAUUUAUCAUUUUUUGAGCUCUUCUGAUAAUAAAACCCAUAUCCUGGAAUAUGGAUUCCCUGGAGAUAAUGGAGAUGAAUGUCUUAUUGGUACCUGGUUUGGUAAGAAGAGUGUCCAGGAGGAAAGGAGUGCAGCCACUUCACUUGCAGACAAGAUGAUCGAGUCUUUAAAAUUCCAGGCUGUUCUGGUUCGCGUUUAUGAAGGAAAGGAACCCAUUGAGUUUUUCCCAAUAUUUCAGAACCUAGUUAUAUACAAGGGUGGUACGAGUACUGGUUACAAGAAAUUUGUCUCAGAAAACAACAUUGAGGAUGAUACCUAUUCAGAAAGCGGGGUUGCACUUUUCCGAGUUCAGGGCUCAGGGCCAGAGAAUAUGCAAGCUAUUCAAGUUGAUACGGCAGCAGCAUCGCUGAACUCUUCUUAUUGUUAUAUACUACAUGAUGGAGAUACAGUUUUUACGUGGAUUGGUAAUCUAAGCUCAUCAAUGGACCAAGAGCUUGCUGAGAGGCAGCUAGAUGUGAUCAAGCCAAAUAUGCAGUCCAGAUUGCUCAAAGAAGGAUCGGAAUAUGAUCAGUUUUGGAAGCUACUAGGGGUCAAGUCUGAGUACUCCAGCCAGAAGAUUGUGAGAGAUCAAGAAAGUGACCCUCAUUUGUUUGCUUGUACAUUUUCAAAGGGUGUGCUUAAGGUUAGAGAAAUAUUCAACUUCACUCAAGAUGAUUUGAUGACGGAGGACAUAUUUGUUUUGGACUGCCAUUCAUGUGUCUUCAUAUGGGUUGGACAACGUGUGGACACAAAAAUACGAGCACAAGCUUUGAACAUUGGAGAGAAAUUCCUAGAACUUGACAUUCUAAUGGAGAAUGUAUCACGAGAAACACCACUUUAUGUCAUCACUGAAGGAAGCGAACCCCAAUAUUUCACCAGGUUCUUCACUUGGGAUUCAGCAAAAUCAGCAAUGCAUGGUAACUCAUUUGAAAGGAAGCUAUCUAUAGUGAAGGAUGGAGUAAAACCAAGAGCAGAUAAACCAAAAAGAAGGACAACAACAUCAUCACACACCGGAAGGUCUAGUGUACCUGAUAAAUCUCAACGUUCCAGAAGCAUGUCAUUCAGUCCUGAUCGUGUCAGAGUCAGAGGAAGGUCGCCUGCUUUCAACGCAUUGGCGGCUAACUUUGAGAACCCAAAUGCCCGAAACCUGUCAACUCCUCCACCCAUUGUUAGAAAACAACCUCCAAAGCCUGUAUCCCCUGAUUCUUCAAAGCCACCUCCGAGGACUGCUUCGAUCGCUGCAAUUUCUUCUUCUUUUGAGCGACCUAAGGCAACUCUAAUACCAAAGUCAAUUAAAGCGAGCCCUGAUGCAAGCAAGCCCCAAACUGAAGCAAGCAAACCUAACCCAGAGACGAAUGCCAAGGAAAGUAACCCUACAAAGGAUAGUCAAAUUGCAACUCCAGCAGUACAAGAAGAUGUAAAGGAGAGUCAGGCGGAGGGUGAAGAAGGGCUUCCUGUGUACCCAUACGACCGCCUGAGGACAUCUUCCACCAAUCCUGCUACAGACAUUGAUGUAACCAAGCGGGAGGCAUAUUUGUCUUCGUCAGAGUUCAGAGAAAGGUUUGGAAUGACGAAGGAGGCUUUUGCGAAGCUACCAAAAUGGAAGCAGAAUAGGCUCAAGAUUGCUCUUCAGCUGUUCUGAACCCUGCUACUGUGAAAUGUCCUUCGUUUUCAUUGCUUAGUCAAAGCACAAUGAUAUGACUGGUUUCCAAAGGUAAAACCAUUUUCUUCGGCCACAGGCUCUUUGUGAUCUCUCGUGGUCACUGCAGCAGCAGUAUGAGUCGUCAAAAGUGUACCCUACCAGGGUCAAGGGGCCCUCGGUAGGUUUGGAGGGGCAAGUCCAGUGAGUUUUUAGCUGCUCAUGCUCCUGAGUUGUGUUGUUCACUGACAAUUUUCAUGUGCAAUGACUUUGUGCCGGAUCGCUGCAUUGGCGAUCGGUCACUCCAAUUCUUUCCUACCCAACGUCACAGGUUUGUUUGUGAGCUUGCAAACCUUUUCCCCCUGUGAAGCCUCCUAUUUGUUCUAUUUUUUUUAAAGUAGAGUCCCGAUAUAAUAAGGGAUAUAUAUAUGAUGUAAUUUAGACAACUGAGCAUGUUGUACAAAAGAGUUUGUAAAAUAUUUCCGGGCGCUGUUGUUUUGUACCUGCAAUUUGUUUCCGUAAGAACGUAACAGAUCAUGCUUGUAAAUUUUUCCAGAUAUAUAUUGUCUCGCAUGGUUUUGAUGUCC